UCGGCACCGUCCGCCAUGUCUAUACAGUUCGAGGAGCCGGGGCUGACAGCGGGUUACGAUAUGGUAGGCUCGUUUCCCAAAAGUUUUGGCUACGGGCUGGAAGAAGGCGACAUGGUGGAGAGCGGUGUGUCAGCUGACAAGCCCAGGAUCCUGCUGAUGGGACGCAGGCGCAGCGGAAAGUCCUCCAUUCAGAAGGUUGUUUUUCACAAAAUGUCACCCAACGAGACUUUGUUUUUGGAGAGCACCAACAAAAUCUACAAGGAUGACAUCUCCAGCAGCUCCUUCAUCAACUUCCAGAUCUGGGACUUUCCAGGCCAGGUGGACUUCUGCGACCCGACAUUCGACAGCGAGAUGAUCUUCAACGGAACAGGCGCUUUAAUCUUCGUCAUUGACGCCCAGGAUGAUUACAUGGAGGCGCUUGAAAAAUUGCAAGUGACUGUGUCACGGGCGUACAAAGUAAAUCCCGAUAUCAACUUUGAGGUUUUCAUCCAUAAAGUUGAUGGUCUCUCUGAUGACCACAAAAUCGAAACACAAAGAGACAUUCAUCAGAGGGCCAACGACAAUCUAGCAGACGCUAGCCUGGAGAAAGUUCACCUCAGCUUCUAUUUGACCAGCAUUUACGACCACUCCAUAUUUGAGGCCUUCAGCAAAGUAGUCCAGAAGCUGAUCCCCCAGUUGCCGACUCUGGAGAACCUCCUGAACAUCUUCAUAUCCCAUUCUGGCAUCGAGAAGGCCUUCCUGUUCGACGUGGUCAGCAAGAUUUACGUGGCCACCGAUAGCUCUCCCGUGGACAUGCAGUCCUACGAGCUCUGCUGCGACAUGAUCGAUGUUGUCAUUGAUGUCUCCUGCAUUUACGGUCUGUUCGACGAUGGCAGCGGCUGUGCCUAUGACAAGGAGUCCUUGGCCAUUAUCAAGCUGAACAACACCACUGUGCUUUAUUUGAAAGAGGUCACCAAGUUUUUGGCUCUUGUUUGCAUCCUCAGAGAGGAGAGUUUUGAGAGGAAAGGCCUAAUAGAGUACAAUUUUCACUGUUUCCGAAAAGCCAUCUAUGAGGUGUUUGAAGUCGCCGCCUCCAACCAAAGCGCCGUCCUGAAGAGUUCAGACUCGUCGAGCGGCAGCCUAAAAUACGCUGCACUAAACGGGAACAACGUCUAAAAUGUAAUGGUGAAAUGCUAUAAUAACCUCCACCCCACCCACUCCACCAACUUCCACUCGUCACCAUGUUUUCAAAAUUCCAUGGGAUACGUCCAUGGCGUAUUUAGUCUCGCAAGUUCUGUAUUAUCCUUGCUAUGAAGAUGCUGUCAGCUUCGUGUACCUACUCAGCCAGUUUGGUGAGCAGCACAACAUUUUUGUGGCACGGCUGAGGUCCUUCCUAUCACUCAUUCCUGUUUUCUACUCGUCUCUCUCUGAAAAUCUUUAACCUGGACGGGCCUCGCGCACUCUUGUUUCUUUCUCUUUGCUGUUCCCUAAUAUUAUACGGGCUGCAUAUUUAGGCUUUAUAAGGCCGGAAAUGAGUUUCCAAAGGUUAUGAUGAUUUAUUAUUUACUGUACAUAUUUUCUUUUAAUAAAAUGGUUCUAUUUUGAUGAUAGAAGCUCAUCUGCUGAA